GAUUAAAUUUGAGUAAGAUUAUUGGUUAUGUCCGAUCACAAAACGUGGUCAAUCGCCUUUUGUGCUGCGCGUUCUCUCUCGCACAUAGGCACAAAACAGAGUGUAUCCUUUUCUACGUGAGGUCUAUCUUGAAAUUUGAGAGAACGCUCGAUAACGUUCAGGAAGACGAGCUUUAACGGACGAGUGUACCGUUGCGAUACGUGAUGGUGGAGAACGAAGAACGAAGAAGAGAAGGCUUUCAAGGCUGAUACACACGUCUGAAGUAGAGAACGAAGAGCGAAGGAGAGAAGGCUAGUUUUGAGGCAAAUAUACACGUCUGAGCUCCUGCGUAACGUUAAAAUACCGCUCCGAUAAAAAAUAUCGCUCGGUAGAGACGGCUCAUACGUUAAGCGUUUCAUAACGAAGAGGAAGAAUACCGCCAAGAUACACCACGUGUGCACAGCGUGCACAUGUGUGUACUGCCCUCGUGUAAACAGAAAGGUAAUUCCGGCGAGCGUUCUAUGUCACGGAGAAAUGGCGAGGCUUAGCACGUACUACACGUUGUGCCCGCUCAUCAACCAGCAGGAUUUACUGGGCGUCGAACAGGACAAGGAAUCGGGUCGGGCGAUAGUGACACUCGGCCGGCACAUGGUGAUACGAUACAAGUUGCAGGACCUGAAGCAGUUUAGCAGUUGGUCCAGCGAGGAGAAAUUAACGUCGCAGGUGAUUUAUGAUAAGUCGAAUCAGCGUUAUGCAGCAGUCUUUAAGGAGAAGAAGAUAAAGGUCUGGUCAGAGGAGGAGGCAGACUUGAAUGAGGUGAAAGGGUACAAGUUUCAUUUAGCAUUGCACACUAUUCUCACGCACGAUGAACUGCCGCCCGUUCUAGUCCAGCAGAAUGGAGCUGCGGCCUCCUUGAGCUGGGCGAUUGCAAACAGAAAAUCAUGGGCCAGCGAAGGUAUACUAAAGGACAAGGAGAAAUUGUCGCACUGUCAAUUGAUACAUCUGAACAAGAAGACAAGUUUAUGUUGCUUGACAAGGAUAGAAGACACAUAUAACUGCUUAGUUGUCAAAUUAACGAAGAAUACCUGCCUGGAGAAGGUGGAUACUAUCAAGAGGAUCAAACUGAAACGAGAAUUAGAGGAUCUGGUGGGGCACACAGUGAUAGAGAGCACGAACAAUGCGUAUCUGUUAACUUUAUGGUCGCACGGCAGAUUGUUCAGUCACUUCUUGAGCGGGAAGUCGUCCGGCCCAGAAAAUAGCACACUCAUCAGUGUAAUAACCAACAUCAACACAAAGCAUCCCGUGAUGAUGACGCACCUGAACGAGACGACCAUAGCAAUUUACGGCGCCGACGUGACAGAUGAGGGCGCGGUACUCAUGAUAUACAAUGUCCAGUACAAACUGACGCAAGCGGUGCUGAAGCUCAAGCUCUACACGAACGACGCGAAGCUCUGGAAGGUGGAGGACAAGUUGUUUUUGGCAGCCAACAGGCAUUUGGCCAUCGCGCCGUACAAUCUCGCGCCGCAAAGAAUAGCUGCCAUGUUGGGCUCGUCGGUAAGCUGCAAGAACAGCGUGAACGACAACGACGCGGACAUCAUUGUCGUGCAGGAGACUACGGUGGCUCAGUGGGACAAGAGCAGAACGUGCGAGAAGAGCAAAUCCUUGGGCCGAGUACCUUCGAAGAUCUCCAAGCAGAUCUCUAUGUAUCUAAAUGAAGGGUGGAGUAAUAGUGCGAUAUUCGAGGCGGUGCUUCCACCGUUGAUCGAGUCUGGCGACAUCUCGUCAAUCUGCUGGUGUCUCAACACGUUCAAAGACCUGCCAGAGAAGCUGCUGGUGGACCUCUUGGCGUUCUCGCUGAAAUGUCCGGACAAGGUAUUAGUCCCGCCUCAGAACGGUGUGAUCGACGGCGCGUCCAUUCCGCCCGCCAGCUAUCUGUGCUCUAGGAACAGUUUUCAGGACAAAGUGUUUAGCUUAGAUUACUGUAGCGCUUCCAUCCUGCCGUAUUUGAACGCCAAUUUAGACUUCGACGAGGUGAUCAAGCUACUAGAAUACGUAACAAACAAGCUGGACGACAAGACGGAUUCAUUGGACGAGAACCCGCAGCCGAGUGAGCGGCAGUUGUACGAGUGGUGUAAUGUGCUUCUAGACUCUCACCAGCAGCAGUACUUCCUGUCGCAAGACGGCCAUGUGCUGGAACUUUUCAAUCGGCUGAGCAAGAUCGUGAGAGAACACGCCCAGUUUCUGCAAAACCUCGAGGACCUCAGGUCUAUUCUGGGGAGGAUGAUGCACGGGAAAGCGUUGCGGUCCUCGACGAAAAAGAACAACAAGUUUUACGCUACAGAUACAAUAAAAUUUCAUUAAAUCACAAAGCAAAAUUGAGAAACGUGUGUCUUUCAUUUCGCGGAGACGGUCGGAGAGAUGCUUGGUUGCCGACUCGACGCCGCUCACGAGAGAAUGUAAGAUAAUUUUCAACAUCUUAACGUCUUUAUUCCACGUUUCUUCUCCGUAUAUUCUAGGCGGACGAGUAUCCCGAGGAUACUCCGCGCUGUAUACAAG